AUGGAUACAGGGAUCUCUGAAACCAUCAGCCCAUCAUCAACGCUCGCGGCAGACCACGAGCACGCCAUCCUGAGUCGAACGACAACAAGCACGACCAAGCACCAUCAUCAGCAUACUCAUCAAGCGCCGCCGCCAUGUACCGCGCGUCUGCAGGCUUCUCAGGAAGAGCGGCCGUUUAAUCUGAACCAGUUCGUGGAGGAGACGCACACAACCAAUGAACCUACCGUUUUGUAUCUGGCCUAUGGCAGCAACCUCUCCAUAGAAAAGUUUCGCGGCGCCCGCGGCAUAGAGCCUUUGUCCCAGAUCAACGUGAUAGUGCCAUCCCUACGGCUUACAUUUGACCUGCCGGGCAUACCCUACCUGGAGCCUUGUUUCGCAAAUUCCGCCAAACGAGAUCCUGAGAAUGGUUCUACUAGGGAAGAAAGUGGAGGGUUGACAAGGAAGCGAGGAUAUCGCAAAGACGAAUGGCACAAGGGAAUGGUGGGUGUGGUGUAUGAGGUGACUGCAAAGGACUAUGCGCAUAUCAUAGCCACUGAGGGCGGCGGCUCCACUUACGCGGAUGUUCUUGUAGACUGCCAUCCCUUUGUAAGCUCUGAUGUACAUGUCCCUGUGGAGCAACAUCCUACCACGCCCUCGUUCAAAGCUCACACCCUCUUCGCGCCUGCCACGCUGCCCGGAGAGCGCCCACCAAAGGAUGGCGGUCGCUUGCAACGUCCACGGUCCAGCUAUGCUCAGGCUUCAGCCCGGUACCUGAAGCUCAUUACUGAUGGUGCUGCUGAGCUUGGGCUUCCAAAUGAGUACCAGCAGUACUUGCUCUCCAUACGGCCAUAUCGGAUCACGACGUAUAAACAGCGCGCUGGGAUGCUUCUCUUCUCGGUCAUGUGGGUGCCUUUUUUCCUGUUACUGUUCGCGCUCGGUCGGAUGUUCCAGGACAAGAACGGCAUUGCUCCUCCAUGGCUCGCCAAGCUCACUGCCACGAUCUUCAAGGCGGUCUGGACGAGUUACGACAACGUCUUUGAGCCGGCGUUUGGCGAUGGAGAGCGAACGAUUGGGGAUGAUGUUGGUGUCCUUGGCGACGGCGCGAAUACGCGCGUCUACAACACAGAUCUUGAGAAAAUGGCAGGAUGA